CUAUGCAGUUCCAUGGCUCAGAGGUGCUCAACCCGUGCCGUGCACUCGCACAUAAGAGCAGUUUGACCGAUUUACACAUCGCGUGCGAACUAACCGCUUCUCGUGACAGCGGGACAGAUGCUUCUCAGGCAAAUGCUGCCUUCACUGCAGGAAGUGUAACGAAGCAGCACGGCGCAUGCUCUCCAGUCUCUCCGACAAGCUGAGGAUGAAUUAUCCCCUGCUGUAAAACGCUCGGUGGGGAGGGGUGAUGGCGGGUGCUGAGGUCACUGUGUCUUCGGGGGAUCUCAUGAUGCUGAAGGAAGAGGAAGGGGAGGCCAGUGGCAGCAACCAUAAGACUCAAGUCAUCCUGCACCUGCAGCCCAUCCUUCACGGGGCAAACGAUGACAUUGCUGACACUGGCACCACAGUCUUGGCCAUAGAGACACAUCAUGAGGACAGCAAAGCUGAUGGAGAGGAGAUCGAAUAUGGCUACCCUAUCACCUGUGGAGACAGCAGAGCUGUUCUACUGUUUAAAAAGUUUGUGUGCCCCGGUAUCAACGUGAGAUGUGUCAAGUUCAAUGACCAGCUCAUUAGUCCUAAGCAGUUUGUCCACCUGGCUGGGAAAGCCACGCUGAAGGACUGGAAAAGAGCUAUAAGGCUGGGAGGAGUGAUGCUAAGGAAAAUGAUGGACUCAGGCCAGAUAGAUUUCUACCAGCAUGACACCGUGUGCAGCAACACCUGCCGCAGCACCAAAUUCGAUGUGCUGAUCAACAGCACACGGCUUCCUCCAGGGACCUCUGUGCAGCCGAGCUCAUCGUGUCUGCCUCUGGACCCUCUCGGAGGACAGGUGCCUCCCAUGACAGGGGAGGUGGUUCAUGAUGCAGCAGAGGUAGAAGAGCCCCUGGAGGAGAAAUUUAGCGUGACAGCAGAGUGGAGUCCUGGUCGAGCUCGGCCUGUAAAUCCCACUACAGCGAAUGGACAUGCUACAAAGAGGAAGAGGGCAGACACAACUGAUGGAGUACUGAGCUUGUGGCAGGGGGUGGCAGACUGUGGGCUGAUGGGAGAGGUCCUGUCCAGUCUCCAGACUGAACUAUUAGCCACCCUUAAAGGAGUGGAGGCUCGCAGUGAGAAGGCCACCCUGCAAGAGACAGAUGCUGUCAUCCUUAAUUCGCUGUGUAAGAUGUUUGGACUUUUAGACUCAGUGAAGCAAGCUCUGAACCUGAAGCGCUGCAAGGAUGAGGAGGACAAAAGGCAUCACAAUGUUUAUGUAUUGGAUGAUAUUUUAGAAGACCAGAGGAAGCAGGGUUUGGAUAGAUGCCCCACCUUUAAAAUUCACUCCAUGAAACACCUACGACAGCAACGCCACAACCCAUCAAACAGCCAAACUCACAACCUGCUGUCCACCAUCAAAGCAAACCCAGGGAUCCAGCCUCUCUCUGUUACUGGUUUAUCUGCUGCAUCUUAUGCUCAGCUAGCCAUCAACCCUCAGAUCUUCACCCACUCCUCUGCCUCCACCGGCCGGGGUCACCAUGCUGGAGCUGGCAGGGCGGACAGGGAUGGUAACAGUGCCGGGCUGGAGGAGGAUCAGAAGCUCAGUGAUAUGGGAAUCCGAGAAAAGCUUCACAGGCGAGGACAGGAGGAGACCACAGGGAUCCACAAAGAGCCUGAACAAAGGACUAUUAGGUUUCAUGUAGAUCCUCACCUCAGAAAUCAAGAAGGAGAGGAGGCGGAGGGGAUGCAUGACUUUAAAAAAGUGGUUAUAGGAGGAAAGGUAUCAAAGAAACAUAGAAGUAAGUAGAGGGGAGAAUGAUGACUACAGAAGCCCUAAGCCAGGGGUGUCAAACUCAAGGCCCGGGCCCAAAUCAGACCAAUGGAACAUUUAAAUCUGGCCUGCAAGAUCAUAUAAUAUGGCUGUUUUAACUGGCCUAUCAGUAUGCAGAUUUCCUCAAGUAUAAAAAUGUCAACUUAUCCUUGAUGACUUAA